AUGGAAUUGCGCAAGGGUUCUUGGAAGGUCUUGAUCCUCGUGUGCGCGUUGACCAUCUACCUAUGGAUGCUCUUCAUCGAUCACUCGCAUAUGUUGGCUGAUAUAUCGCAGAAGAUCGUUCUGCAGAAGACACGGAGCCCUGUGUCCGCGAAAGACUCUUCGCACCAAGAUUCCGCUCAAUCGAGGAUCGAGGAAGGUCGGACAAAUUCCAACAUGAGGAAAAUGCAGCUGGCGCUAUCACGGAACUCGAACAACACUCUCAGAGGAAGCACGUCGAAGUAUCAAACUUUGAAGCAACAAGGUCUGACGCCAAGCCGACAACUGCCGACCGCUCUGAUAAUCGGCGUGAAGAAAGGCGGGACGAGAGCGCUUUUGGAAUUCUUGAGAUUACAUCCUGCCAUCCGGGCUGCCGGCUCGGAGGUCCACUUCUUCGAUCACCAUUACGUCAAGGGAUUCCGUUGGUACAAGUACGUUUUUGCUGAUUCAUCUUCCGAUCAUGCAUCUAACCAGGAACGAUUCGGUUAUUUCUCCUUAAAAAACCAUCAGCAUCAACUCGCAGAACUUAACAAGAAACAGUUGGAACAAGCGAUGCAGCAAUUGCAAGAACAGUUGCAGCUGAAUUUGUUUCAGCAGACGCAUUUAUUGCAAACGGCGGACAAGAAGAAGGCAUCGGCACCUCUCCAGCAACUAGCAAUCCAGCAACAGCAGUUAAUACAACAACUGCAGAUUACACAGAGGCAAUAUCUACUGCAACAAGGAUUGAGCCUUCAAAGUCACAAUCCUUCUUCAGGUUUGCCGCCAGGUGAUAAUUUGCCAUCAUGGAAGUCAGAGCCGUCGGAUACUCCAGAAUCCCACCAGAAUUCUAGUGUGUCGAAGUCCAACUCCGGAUUGAACGGCAUUCUGAAUUCAAUAGCCUCAAGCCGGCGAUCCGAAGUGAACGGCACAACGCCGAUGGACGAGAAGCCACUGGACACCUCCUGCAAUGACAAGGUUCAUCCCCUCUAUGGCCAUGGGGUUUGCAAGUGGCCAGGCUGUGAAGUAAUUUGUGAAGACUAUCAAGCAUUCCUUAAACACUUAAAUACAGAACACACGUUGGAUGAUCGAUCGACAGCGCAAGCCAGGGUCCAGAUGCAAGUAGUAUCACAGCUAGAAAUUCAGUUGCAAAAAGAACGAGACCGAUUAGGAGCCAUGAUGCAUCAUUUGCACAUGGCGAAACAAAUGGCUUCUCCGGAGCCACCAAAGUCAUCCGAGUCAUCGACGGGCUCGAGUUUACCAAAGCUCAAUUUUUCCACUGCGCUGAUGAGUCAGCCGCCACCUAACUUCGGGAUCUCUCAGGUAUCACCGGUAUCCAUGUCCGCGUUGGUAUCCGCCGUGAGGUCACCUGCGGGCGGUCAGCUACCACCAUCGGCGAGUGGUGCUCCGAUGCCACCACUUCCGACCAUACCCAACAUGUCCGGUCUACCACCAAUGCCCAAUAUGGCUGGUAGCAUGCCAAGCAUGGCUGGCCCGAUCAGACGGCGCAUCAGCGACAAGUCGGCUCUUUCAUUAGCAGGAGGACUGUAUGACGAGGGCACUGUAAGGCGCAGAGUAGCCGUCGAUAGAUCUGGAAUAGAUAUUAACGAAGAAAUUCAACGAAAUAGGGAAUUCUACAAGAAUGCAGAUGUCAGACCUCCGUUCACGUAUGCAUCCUUAAUUCGGCAGUCCAUCAUCGAAUCUACCGAGAAGCAAUUGACGCUCAACGAAAUUUACAACUGGUUCCAAAACACAUUCUGCUACUUCCGGCGCAACGCAGCAACGUGGAAGAACGCAGUGCGACACAACCUGUCUCUCCACAAAUGUUUCAUGCGAGUCGAAAACGUGAAAGGGGCCGUAUGGACGGUGGACGAAGUGGAAUUUUACAAGAGACGCCCACAGCGCGCUUGCAGCACCACCGGGGGUGUCCCGUCGAAGAGCCCGACGCUAACGCACAGUCCUACUAUGUAUGGUGACGCGCUUAAUGCCAACCUGCAGGCACUCGGGGAGUCUAACAUGGGAUUUUUGAAUAAUCCAAUGUGCACGUCGACAGCGACGAGUCCCGAUAAGGAGCAUGUAUUACCUCAUAAUGACUUAAUGUCGCCGCUGGAUGAACCGGCCGUGCACAUAAAGCAGGAGAGCCAGAGCCCGGAAGGAGGGAAGCACACGAGAUUAAUAAAGCGCGAGCUGCCGGACGGUCCCAUGGAGCAGGAAGCGGAGGAGGAUCAGGCGGACGAGAGGGAGUACUCGGAGAGCCACGGCCACGACUCCGGCCAGGACGAGGACAUUGCGGAGGACCUGUCGAUGGCGCCCGACAUAAUGAUCCCGGAGGACCAGGUCGAGGCGUAGUACCGCUGCUCCGUACUUGCUACGAGCCAGUAGAGGCGAGGUGUAUGCACCAAGGUGUCUCGUUCGUUCUUUGUAAAAACGAAGAGAGAAACCCCCCUUUACGUUUUGGGGCUGCGUAAAGACAAGAAGGACAGCAUGAGAGAGAACAUGACGCGAGUAACGGAAGCAGAAGGUCGAAGAGGACGAAGAAGGCCCUCCCUAGGACCACCCACCCCCUCCACCUCUCCCUCGUACGGAAAACCCCCUCAACGCAUCAUAUCUGUGUCGCGACGCUCGGCGCAUGGCGGCUCUUAACGAAAGGAACACUUGAAGCGAAUGUGUGUGUGCUGAAGAUGAUGCUGAAGACGCAUCGUCGCGGAGCGACGACGAUCGAGCGAACAGCGACAGGUCAACGUCGUUAGCAGCGCCGAAGCCUCGGCGAUACUCGGGAGCGAUCCUUCGAUCCAUAUCCUUACUCAAGCAAUUGCGAACAACGAUGUAUUUUAUUUUCUUCUCGAUCUUUCGUUGUCCGGAGCCGCGGUUAUAUCUACUAGCAUACACAUAAGUAUAUACAUAUACAUAUAUCUUUCUCUCUCUCUCUCGUGUACAUUGCAUUAGAAAUUAAUGUGGUGACGGUAGGGUACCGUGCAGGGCGCGUUCGACGAUUGACAACGCGCCCUACGGAGGUGCCCCCCCGGAAACGUGGCGAGAAGUAUUCUUCGCCGGAGGAACCGAGAUGUACCUUCGCGAUUAUACAUUUCGUGUUUUCACACGCUUGCAUAGGCAUACAUAUUAUAGCUAAACGUGUAAUGGAUACAGUAGGGCGGCGAAGAGAUGCCACUGCGUGGCACUCGAAAUUUCGUUGCUGAAUUAUAUCUUAUCGAGAUAAGAACAAUGUAACUUUGUUUCAAACAAUUAAAAGAAAGCAUUGGAUAUAUAUUUUACGUGAAGCAAUUUUUCUGUGCUACGUCGAUAUGGUACAUCGUGACGAUCUUUUGUUACGAACCGUCGUGUGUUAUCUUGCAUAUCGGGAAAGUGAAAUUAUUUUUUUUAAUUGCACGUGUGUACUGGUUACGUUUACAUGCUUGAUGAAAGACAAUGUGCCACGUUAAAUCUGUUCACCGAGUCUAGAUUUGAAUUAAAUUAUAUCUUAUCGAGAUAAGAACAAUGUAACUUUGUUUCAAACAAUUAAAAGAAAGCAUUAGAUAUGUAUUUUACGUGAAGCAAUUUUUCUGUGCUACGUCGAUAUGGUACAUCGUGACGAUCUUUUGUUACGAACCGUCGUGUGUUAUCUUGCAUAUCGGGAAAGUGAAAUUAUUUUCUUUAAUUGCACGUGUGUACUGGUUACGUUUACAUGCUUGAUGAAAGACAAUGUGCCACGUUAAAUCUGUUCACCGAGUCUAGAUUUGAAUUAAAUUAUAUCUUAUCGAGAUAAGAACAAUGUAACUUUGUUUCAAACAAUUAAAAGAAAGCAUUGGAUAUGUAUUUUACGUGAAGCAAUUUUUCUGUGCUACGUCGAUAUGGUACAUCGUGACGAUCUUUUGUUACGAACCGUCGUGUGUUAUCUUGCAUAUCGGGAAAGUGAAAUUAUUUUCUUUAAUUGCACGUGUGUACUGGUUACGUUUACAUGCUUGAUGAAAGACAAUUGCCACGUUAAAUCUGUUCACCGAGUCUAGAUUUGAAUUAAAUUAUAUCUUAUCGAGAUAAGAACAAUGUAACUUUGUUUCAAACAAUUAAAAGAAAGCAUUAGAUAUGUAUUUUACAUGAAGCAAUUUUUCUGUGCUACGUCGAUAUGGUACAUCGUGACGAUCUUUUGUUACGAACCGUCGUGUGUUAUCUUGCAUAUCGGGAAAGUGAAAUUAUUUUCUUUAAUUGCACGUGUGUACUGGUUACGUUUACAUGCUUGAUGAAAGACAAUUGCCACGUUAAAUCUGUUCACCGAGUCUAGAUUUGAAUUAAAUUAUAUCUUAUCGAGAUAAGAACAAUGUAACUUUGUUUCAAACAAUUAAAAGAAAGCAUUGGAUAUGUAUUUUACGUGAAGCAAUUUUUCUGUGCUACGUCGAUAUGGUACAUCGUCACGAUCUUUUGUUACGAACCGUCGUGUGUUAUCUUGCAUAUCGGGAAAGUGAAAUUAUUUUCUUUAAUUGCACGUGUGUACUGGUUACGUUUACAUGCUUGAUGAAAGACAAUUGCCACGUUAAAUCUGUUCACCGAGUCUAGAUUUGAAUUAAAUUAUAUCUUAUCGAGAUAAGAACAAUGUAACUUUGUUUCAAACAAUUAAAAGAAAGCAUUAGAUAUGUAUUUUACGUGAAGCAAUUUUUCUGUGCUACGUCGAUAUGGUACAUCGUGACGAUCUUUUGUUACGAACCGUCGUGUGUUAUCUUGCAUAUCGGGAAAGUGAAAUUAUUUUUUUUAAUUGCACGUGUGUACUGGUUACGUUUACAUGCUUGAUGAAAGACAAUGUGCCACGUUAAAUCUGUUCACCGAGUCUAGAUUUGAAUUAAAUUAUAUCUUAUCGAGAUAAGAACAAUGUAACUUUGUUUCAAACAAUUAAAAGAAAGCAUUGGAUAUAUAUUUUACGUGAAGCAAUUUUUCUGUGCUACGUCGAUAUGGUACAUCGUGACGAUCUUUUGUUACGAACCGUCGUGUGUUAUCUUGCAUAUCGGGAAAGUGAAAUUAUUUUCUUUAAUUGCACGUGUGUACUGGUUACGUUUACAUGCUUGAUGAAAGACAAUUGCCACGUUAAAUCUGUUCACCGAGUCUAGAUUUGAAUUAAAUUAUAUCUUAUCGAGAUAAGAACAAUGUAACUUUGUUUCAAACAAUUAAAAGAAAGCAUUAGAUAUGUAUUUUACAUGAAGCAAUUUUUCUGUGCUACGUCGAUAUGGUACAUCGUCACGAUCUUUUGUUACGAACCGUCGUGUGUUAUCUUGCAUAUCGGGAAAGUGAAAUUAUUUUCUUUAAUUGCACGUGUGUACUGGUUACGUUUACAUGCUUGAUGAAAGACAAUUGCCACGUUAAAUCUGUUCACCGAGUCUAGAUUUGAAUUAAAUUAUAUCUUAUCGAGAUAAGAACAAUGUAACUUUGUUUCAAACAAUUAAAAGAAAGCAUUGGAUAUAUAUUUUACGUGAAGCAAUUUUUCUGUGCUACGUCGAUAUGGUACAUCGUCACGAUCUUUUGUUACGAACCGUCGUGUGUUAUCUUGCAUAUCGGGAAAGUGAAAUUAUUUUUUUUAAUUGCACGUGUGUACUGGUUACGUUUACAUGCUUGAUGAAAGACAAUGUGCCACGUUAAAUCUGUUCACCGAGUCUAGAUUUGAAUUAAAUUAUAUCUUAUCGAGAUAAGAACAAUGUAACUUUGUUUCAAACAAUUAAAAGAAAGCAUUAGAUAUGUAUUUUACGUGAAGCAAUUUUUCUGUGCUACGUCGAUAUGGUACAUCGUGACGAUCUUUUGUUACGAACCGUCGUGUGUUAUCUUGCAUAUCGGGAAAGUGAAAUUAUUUUUUUUAAUUGCACGUGUGUACUGGUUACGUUUACAAGCUUGAUGAAAGACAAUGUGCCACGUUAAAUCUGUUCACCGAGUCUAGAUUUGAAUUAAAUUAUAUCUUAUCGAGAUAAGAACAAUGUAACUUUGUUUCAAACAAUUAAAAGAAAGCAUUAGAUAUGUAUUUUACGUGAAGCAAUUUUUCUGUGCUACGUCGAUAUGGUACAUCGUGACGAUCUUUUGUUACGAACCGUCGUGUGUUAUCUUGCAUAUCGGGAAAGUGAAAUUAUUUUUUUUAAUUGCACGUGUGUACUGGUUACGUUUACAUGCUUGAUGAAAGACAAUGUGCCACGUUAAAUCUGUUCACCGAGUCUAGAUUUGAAUUAAAUUAUAUCUUAUCGAGAUAAGAACAAUGUAACUUUGUUUCAAACAAUUAAAAGAAAGCAUUGGAUAUGUAUUUUACGUGAAGCAAUUUUUCUGUGCUACGUCGAUAUGGUACAUCGUGACGAUCUUUUGUUACGAACCGUCGUGUGUUAUCUUGCAUAUCGGGAAAGUGAAAUUAUUUUUUUUAAUUGCACGUGUGUACUGGUUACGUUUACAUGCUUGAUGAAAGACAAUGUGCCACGUUAAAUCUGUUCACCGAGUCUAGAUUUGAAUUAAAUUAUAUCUUAUCGAGAUAAGAACAAUGUAACUUUGUUUCAAACAAUUAAAAGAAAGCAUUGGAUAUAUAUUUUACGUGAAGCAAUUUUUCUGUGCUACGUCGAUAUGGUACAUCGUCACGAUCUUUUGUUACGAACCGUCGUGUGUUAUCUUGCAUAUCGGGAAAGUGAAAUUAUUUUUUUUAAUUGCACGUGUGUACUGGUUACGUUUACAUGCUUGAUGAAAGACAAUUGCCACGUUAAAUCUGUUCACCGAGUCUAGAUUUGAAUUAAAUUAUACCUUAUCGAGAUAAGAACAAUGUAACUUUGUUUCAAACAAUUAAAAGAAAGCAUUAGAUAUGUAUUUUACGUGAAGCAAUUUUUCUGUGCUACGUCGAUAUGGUACAUCGUCACGAUCUUUUGUUACGAACCGUCGUGUGUUAUCUUGCAUAUCGGGAAAGUGAAAUUAUUUUCUUUAAUUGCACGUGUGUACUGGUUACGUUUACAUGCUUGAUGAAAGACAAUGUGCCACGUUAAAUCUGUUCACCGAGUCUAGAUUUGAAUUAAAUUAUAUCUUAUCGAGAUAAGAACAAUGUAACUUUGUUUCAAACAAUUAAAAGAAAGCAUUGGAUAUAUAUUUUACGUGAAGCAAUUUUUCUGUGCUACGUCGAUAUGGUACAUCGUCACGAUCUUUUGUUACGAACCGUCGUGUGUUAUCUUGCAUAUCGGGAAAGUGAAAUUAUUUUUUCUAAUUGCACGUGUGUACUGGUUACGUUUACAUGCUUGAUGAAAGACAAUGUGCCACGUUAAAUCUGUUCACCGAGUCUAGAUUUGAAUUAAAUUAUAUCUUAUCGAGAUAAGAACAAUGUAACUUUGUUUCAAACAAUUAAAAGAAAGCAUUGGAUAUAUAUUUUACGUGAAGCAAUUUUUCUGUGCUACGUCGAUAUGGUACAUCGUGACGAUCUUUUGUUACGAACCGUCGUGUGUUAUCUUGCAUAUCGGGAAAGUGAAAUUAUUUUUUUUAAUUGCACAUGUGUACUGGUUACGUUUACAUGCUUGAUGAAAGACAAUGUGCCACGUUAAAUCUGUUCACUGAGUCUAGAUUUGAAUCUUUUAAUAAAAACAAAAGGAAUUAAGAAUGCUAAGGGAAAACAUCGUGCGGUUCCAUCGGAGAAGCGAAUCGAUCAGACCAGUCCAGCGGGAUUGAAUCUAGGAAAUAAAUCGAUGAAGCCGUGAUGGUGAUGAUGGUGGUGGUGGUGGUGGUGGUGGGUACGUACGGGAGCGACUGAGUUUAGUCUUUAAGGUGUUUGCUCGGCGAGCGAAGAGUAAUGCAUAUAUAUGUUAUAUAUGUGUAUAUGUGCCAUAUAAUUAUAUAUAUAUGUGUCAUGUAAUUAUAUAUGUAUACACAUAUAUGUAUAUUAAUUAGUGAAACUAAUAUACAUACAUAUAUAUGUUAUUCUUGCGACUAGAGCGGGUCCCGUCACUUUCGAGGGAUCCCCAGGUAUCAGACAGUUAAAUUAAGAAUUGCAUCCGCGACGAGACCGGAUGUAUCCCGGCGUACCCGUCCGCUACUGUUGGCAGCAUUCUGUAUAGUAUCUAGCAAAGUUGAUCGUAAGUAGUUUCGUAUUCAUCAACGACCGAGAUCGAUCGGUCGGAUAUUUGUAAAUGAGCGCUACGGCACACGCGCGCGCGCGCGAAGAUCUUUUGAAAUUACUUUUCGGUCAGGUAUCCGCGAUGCAGAACGAUAUUGAUUAAGUGAACGUAGCUCCGCGAGACGAUCGAGGACACUCGAGCGAAUGUUGCGAGUGGGGACAAGUGGGAAGAUCGCUAACGCGACGUGAUUUUUUAUAUUUACGUAUGAGUACGUAUAUACAUCACACACGGACACGCGGUAAAUGAAAUUUCACAUUCGAUGCUAUAACAUUUGAGCGGCCUUUUGUACGCGAUGUAAUUUAACUUCAUCAUUUGUGUAAAAGGUAUAAGAUAGACUCAGCACCGUGGCGAAAUGGUGCUUUUCAAGGUUCCAAUUCAUUGAAAGCUAGCAUUUCAACGUUUUGGAUGAUUAACAUAAAAUUUCAAGUUGUUAGGUAUUACGCGUUCAGAAAUAUUAUAUUAUAGUUAUUAGCACUUCCUUCUGUGAUACGUGACGAGUAUAUAGUAAGACCACUAUAUUUAAUUAUAUAUAUAAUUAAGAGACAUAUAUAUAAUGCGUUACAAAUCGUUUUUGGUUGCUAAGUCUAUUGUAUAUCGUAUACGUUUCUUUGGUAAAUUACGGGCAAAUUAAUGUGUGCCACGCUAUUGAAUCUUAUAUCUCGAAAAACAACAUUGAAUGGCAAGGUAUCACGUUAAUGAUCUCCCUGCUCUUCUCUAACAUGAAAUCUAUAAAUAAAUUAAAGUACUAUGUAUGCAUAUACACAUAUAUUAAUACGUAUACGUAUCGAAAUUAUAAGGAAUUAGAUGUCGAUGACCUUCUUGAAACUUUUUCCCCAUCCCCGUCCAGUCCUAGUCCUACUAAUAUGCACACCAGGCCAGUAGAUUCCUAAAGCACAUACGAUAUACGAGCCAUUCUGUGUCACAAAAUCAGUUCGAAUUACCGUUGUAUGCAACUCAGCAGCGCGUAGAUGCGCUAUCGACUACGUGGAUUCAUUUACGAUUUACAGAUUUCGACGAAAAACCUGUUUUAUUUCACAGUUUAUUCACAUUAAAAAAGCUAUGUAACUUGCACUUUUUUGUACACUUGAAUACGUUCAAGCGGUCACUUCAAAACUAUUUUGUAUCUUGUACAAAGAAUUAUAAUUAAAUAAAAAGAAAUUUCUUAAUUAAUUCUGUAUAUCAAGGACAUCUGUAAAUUAUAACUUUAGGAAAUUAUAUUUGCUGCGAAAAUGUUCAUAUGAAAACGAUUGAAAGCAGGUAUCGUUAAGUUCCUACAGAGUUGCUUUUUGAAACGCCAUAAAAUAAUUCACAAGAUUCGUUAACAACUGUAACCAGUAAGGAGAAAAUUGAUUGAAAAAUCAAAUAAUUCGUUGUUGUAAUCCGUGUACUGCGGUUUUAGAAAAAUAUGUAAAAAAUGGAGGAGUGAUACGAUUGAAUGACUCGUAUACCAUGGCUCAAAGUGCAUGGUCUCAGACCCCAGAAAACAAAUACAGAAAGCGCGCUCAUAUCGGUACACACGACAAGCUUUAACUUGCUCGGGAUCUACUAGUAACGUGGACAAUUCAAAUCUUUUGAUGUGUCGAUAUUUUUUAAUCUCCGUAUGUAUAUCAAUAAUGAAUGUUGAGCUUUUGUUUCUUCUUCUUUUCUUGUGAAUAUCUGUCCCUUUUUUGGAACGAUGCACUAUAUAUUUUGAUCUAAUUUGUUUAUAUUUCUAAUAGAUAUGGCACUUAGUGUUCCUAAGAAAUCGCCAUUAUGAGUAUUAUUCGUGUUUAAUAUUGCUUGAUAUCAGUGUUGACUAAUGCUUUUACUGCGGCAAGACCAUUGAUAUUUGUCGAGCUCGGAUGUUGCUUUGGUCAUUAUAAGACACUAAUGUCAUUUCUGCACAGUGGCUGGGUAAAAAGAAGUGCGUAAUUAUGUUAAAUGUUAAUUUUUUUAUUAGAUUAUAAUGAAACAUUAUGUGCAAUUUAGAAAUUAUUUCCGAAAUUGUUGUUACUACAAUAAAGCGCAAAGUAUCUUACAAAAUGUAUAGUUUUAAGUUUAGCGCAUGCAGCGUCACUGAAUACCGUGAGAACUUUUGAGUCGAUGAUAUCUUGUUUAAUUAAUAUCUUGAUGCAGAAAAUUAUGUAAUUAUUAUCAUGUAGUUAUCCAAUCUCUUACGUUUAGUUGAAAUUAAUGUUAACACAAAUAGUAAAUUUUAUUAAUCAAUAAACUAUCUCGUCUCUAUUUGUUAGUGCAACACAGAUGCCAUUUCAGGAAAAUGAGCUAUUAUACAACGCGAAUUAAUAUUUUUGUAUGGUAAAUAUUGUGAGUUUUACGAAAAUUGCAAUUUUCGAUUAAAUCGAUUGGACGCAUGUAUGACCCGAGUAAUAAAUUUCUUCCGUAAGCAAUUCACUUAUCUUAUCCAAGAUUCUUUACAUUGCAUAUUUUACUAUGCAAAUUAAUUAAUUGAAAAAACAUACAUAUCUGUGUUAAAGCUCGACACAUUCACGUAGCAAUUGCCGGAUAAUUUCAAACGCGAGGCUGAUGGAUAUUUACACAUACUUGCCUCGAGGAUGUAAGCC